AUGACUGAUAUCAAAUACAUGAUCCUCAUAUCGAGGCAGGGGAAAGUAAGGCUUGUGAGAUGGUACCACACUUUCACAGCUAAGGAAGAGUCUAAAAUGUUAAAAGAACUAGCAGCUAUAGUGCUCUCAAGGAAGGCCAGAAUGUGUAAUAUCUUGGAGUAUCAUGACCAUAAAGUGGUAUACAAGAGAUAUGCCAGUCUGUAUUUUGUUUGUGGCAUUAACGCAGACAGUGAUAAUGAAUUGUUAACCUUGGAAAUAAUUCACAGAUUCGUCGAAAUCAUGGAUACCUAUUUCAACAACGUAUGUGAGCUUGACAUCAUUUUCAAUUUCGCCAAAGCAUAUGACAUAUUGAAUGAAAUGCUGAUGUGCGAUGGUUCACUGGUGGAAACCAGCAAACAGGAAAUUAUCAAACACAUAACACACAUGGACGCCGUUGAGACCAAUGACAACUUAAACAGGGUCUUCGCGUAG